ACUGGCAUCCCGAUGUGCCUCUCCUCCCAGCAGCUUCCCUCUCCUGGCCAGACCUAGAAGGAGACACUGGCCUGUGGCCACCUGCCAAGUCAGGCUUGGGAAGCGAGGGAGGAGGGGCAGGGUCCCCGGGAGGUGGCCUUUGCGAUACCGGGGCCACUCCUGCAGACUCUGGCCCUGCGUGCGAGAGCUGGCCGCACAAAAGGCCCCGGCGGGUCAGGGCGGGCCUGCGGCGGGAGGUAGGCUCCAGACCCCCAACCUGUUGCGGGAUACAGUGGGCUGAAGAGAUGGGCCGCUACUCCGGCAAAACGUGCCGGCUGCUAUUCAUGCUGGUGCUCACCGCGGCCUUCUUCGUGGCUGAGCUGGUGUCUGGUUACCUGGGCAACUCCAUCGCGCUGCUCUCGGACUCGUUCAACAUGCUGUCUGACCUGAUCUCGUUGUGCGUGGGCCUGGGCUCCGGCUAUAUCGCGCGGCGCGGUGCCCGAGGCUCCGGCGCCACCUACGGCUAUGCGCGGGCCGAGGUAGUGGGCGCGCUCAGCAAUGCAGUCUUCCUCACCGCGCUCUGCUUUACCAUCUUCGUGGAGGCCGUGUUGCGCCUCGCGCGGCCCGAGCGCAUCGAUGACCCCGAGCUGGUGCUCAUCGUGGGCGCCCUGGGGCUGGCAGUCAACGUGGUGGGGCUGCUCAUCUUCCAGGACUUUGGAGCUUGCUUCUCCCGCUGCGCGAGAGGUCGCCGGACCCGCCCUUCGCAGCCGCCGCACCAGGGAGACCCUUGUGGCCCUCUGGGGAGUCCCCAAGGGGCCGCGCCAGCCUCGGGCCGGGGAUCCGACACAGCAGUGACUCUCCGGGGGGGCUCGGCUGGAAGAAAGCAGCAGGAGGGCGCGACUGUGUUCUCGAAUGUAGCAGGUGAUUCCCUGAACACCCAAAACGAACCAGAAGACAGGAUGAAAAAGGAGAAGAAGUCGGAAGCACUGAAUAUCAGAGGUGUCCUUUUGCAUGUGAUGGGAGAUGCCUUGGGGUCCGUAAUUGUGGUCAUCACGGCCAUCAUAUUCUAUGUACAACCCUUGAGACCUGAAGACCCAUGUAACUGGCAAUGCUACAUUGACCCCAGUUUGACUGUUGUCAUGGUCAUCAUUAUUUUGUCAUCUGCCUUUCCACUGAUCAAAGAAACUGCUGUCAUCCUACUGCAGAUGGUCCCCAAGGGAGUCAACAUGGAAGAUCUGAUGGGCAAGCUCUCUACUGUACCUGGAAUCAGCAGUGUGCACGAAGUGCACGUCUGGGAACUGAUAACUGGGAAGGUCAUCGCCACCCUGCACAUCAAAUGCCAGAAGGACGUUGGGUACCAGGAUGCCAGCAGAAAAAUCCGAGAGAUCUUCCACCAUGCUGGAGUCCACAAUGUGACCAUCCAGUUUGAAACACUGGACUUAAGGGAAACCCCGGAGCAGAAGGACUUCUUGCCGACUUGCAGUGCCGCCUGUAUCUCCCAGAGCUGCGCUAAGAAGCUGUGCUGUCCCCCGGGGUCACUGCCGCUGGCUCUCGUCAAUGGUUGUGCAGAGCACAAUGGUGGGCCCCCUCUAGAGACUUACCGAAGCACAGGGGAUGCUCCGGAAGUGGCCAUUGAUAUGGCUUUGGAUGGAUGUCAGAGGGAGCAGGGACAGACUCUUAGCAAGACUUGGGAGGGACAACAUCAUGAAAACAGCACUCAUUUUUAGUGGGGUCUCACACAUGUCUGGAAG